GCGGAGCAGCCCGCCGAGUGGGUGGUGCGGCAGGGGUGGUAUAUCCUGUCUGGCCGAGGGCGGGCCGCCAGUGCCUGGAGAGGGCAGAGCGGGCGGAGGCGCGGGAGCAGCUGCAGGGAGUCCUCACGCGGAUCGGAGCCACACUCUAUGGCCACAGGGAGCCGCUGAGCGCGAGAAGACCACGCCGCCGCCGCCGCCGCCGCCGCCGCUCCGCACCGCCCGCGCCUCUCCGCUGCAGCCACCAUGAACCACUCGCCGCUCAAGACCGCCCUGGCGUACGAAUGCUUCCAGGACCAGGACAACUCCACCCUGGCCUUGCCGUCCGACCAAAAGAUGAAGACAGGCACGUCGGGCAGGCAGCGCGUGCAGGAGCAGGUGAUGAUGACCGUCAAGCGGCAGAAGUCCAAGUCUUCCCAGUCGUCCACGCUGAGCCACUCCAACCGAGGUUCCAUGUAUGAUGGCUUAACAGACAAUUACAACAACUAUGGGACCACCAGCCGGAGCAGCUACUACUCCAAGUUCCAGGCAGGGAAUGGCUCAUGGGGAUAUCCGAUCUACAAUGGGACCCUCAAGCGGGAGCCAGACAACAGGCGCUUCAGCUCCUACAGCCAGAUGGAGAACUGGAGCCGGCACUAUCCGCGGGGCAGCUGUGCCACCCCCGGCGCAGGCAGUGACAUCUGCUUCAUGCAGAAAAUCAAGGCAAGCCGCAGCGAGCCCGACCUCUACUGUGACCCGAAGGGCACCCUGCGCAAGGGCACACUGACCAAGGGCAACAAGACCACCCAGAACCGCUAUAGCUUCUACAGCACCUGCAGCGGCCAGAAAGCCGUCAAGAAGUGCCCUGUGCGCCCACCCUCCUGUGUCUCCAAGCAGGACCAGGUGUAUGUGCCACCUAUCUCCUGCAACAAGGACUUGUCCUUUGGCCACUCAAGGGCCAGCUCCAAGAUCUGCAGUGAGGACAUCGAGUGCAGUGGACUGACUAUCCCCAAGGCCGUGCAGUACCUGAGCUCCCAGGAUGAGAAGUACCAAGCUAUCGGGGCCUAUUACAUCCAGCACACCUGCUUCCAGGACGAAUCUGCCAAGCAACAGGUCUACCAGUUGGGAGGCAUCUGCAAGCUGGUGGACCUCCUCCGCAGCCCCAACCAGAACGUCCAGCAGGCUGCCGCAGGGGCCCUGCGCAACCUGGUGUUCCGGAGCAGUGCCAACAAGCUGGAGACCCGAAGGCAGAAUGGGAUCCGUGAGGCCGUCAACCUCCUGCGGAGAACCGGGAGCACUGAGAUCCAGAAACAACUGACUGGGCUGCUCUGGAACCUGUCUUCCACUGAUGAGCUCAAGGAAGAGCUGGUGGCCGAUGCCCUGCCUGUUCUGGCCGACCGGGUCAUCAUUCCCUUCUCGGGCUGGUGUGAUGGCAACAGCAAUAUGUCCAGGGACACAGUGGACCCUGAGGUCUUCUUCAAUGCCACAGGCUGCUUGAGGAACCUGAGUUCUGCUGAUGCCGGCCGCCAGACCAUGCGGAACUACACAGGGCUCAUCGACUCCCUCAUGGCCUAUGUCCAGAACUGCGUGGCGGCCAGCCGCUGCGAUGACAAGUCUGUGGAGAACUGCAUGUGCAUCCUGCACAACCUCUCCUAUCGCCUGGACGCUGAGGUGCCCACUCGCUACCGCCAGCUGGAGUACAACGCCCGCAAUGCCUACAUGGAGAAGUCCUCCACCGGUUGCUUCAGCAACAAGAGUGACAAGAUGAUGAACAACAACUAUGAGUGUCCCCUUCCGGAGGAAGAGCCCAACCCCAGGGGCAGCAGCUGGCUGUACCACUCAGAUGCCAUCCGCACCUACCUGAAUCUCAUGGGCAAGAGCAAGAAGGAUGCCACCCUGGAGGCCUGUGCGGGUGCCCUGCAGAACCUGACAGCUAGCAAGGGGCUGAUGUCCAGUGGCAUGAGCCAGCUGAUUGGGCUGAAGGAAAAGGGCUUGCCACAGAUUGCCCGCCUCCUGCAAUCUGGCAACUCAGAUGUGGUGCGGUCCGGGGCCUCCCUCCUGAGCAACAUGUCCCGCCAUCCUGUGCUGCACAGAGUAAUGGGGAAUCAAGUAUUCCCAGAGGUGACCAGGCUCCUCACCAGCCACACUGGCAACACAAGCAACUCCGAAGAUAUCUUGUCCUCGGCCUGCUACACUGUGAGGAACCUGAUGACCUCGCAGCCGCAGAUGGCCAAGCAGUACUUCUCCAGCAGCAUGCUCAACAAUGUCAUCAACCUGUGCCGUGGCAGCGCCUCACCCAAAGCUGCAGAGGCUGCCCGGCUCCUCCUGUCUGACAUGUGGUCCAACAAGGAGCUGCAGGGUGUCCUCAGACAGCAAGGUUUCGAUAGGAACAUGCUGGGCUCUCUAGCUGGGGCCAACAGCCUCAGAAACUUUACCUCCAGAUUCUAAGAAGAGACUGUUCAAGCAAGCUCGGCUUGCAGAAGGCUAUGACCCAGUUGAGAAGACCUCAGGCCUCGCUGUAUGGCUUUUUCUGUCCAUCUUGUGCAGUAUUUGGAAAAGUGCAGAUGCAUCUGAGAGAAAACCUAGAAACUGUGGAGGCUGGAAAUAUUUUUAGAUUCUUUUUUUUCCUUGGGGGAAUUGGUAGGCAAUGGGGGUUGGGGAGGUUGGGGGGGGCUUUCUUGAGUUAAAGGGGCUUACAUCUGAUGUCAAUACUUCCUACUCUGAGAAAUGAGAUAUAUAUAUAUGUGUGUGUGUAUAAUGUGAGUGUGUGGUCAUGUGCAUAUGCAUGCAUGUGUGUGCUUGAGUGCCUGACAGCAUUACCAUGAGCUGCAAAAAGCUAGGUAGGUGUGCUGUUUCAUUGCAGGUCAUAAGGUAGUGUAGAGGACUCUGUGUGUCUCUUCCCUUAUAGGCAAGGGGGACAUGUGCUUUUUGGUUAGCUGCCCGUAGAUCUUGGAGUGGGUUGUGCCAGGGUGGGGGCUCACCAGUGUCAGUACACAGAAGAGCCCUGCGGCCUUCCUGCCACCAUCUCCCAGUGGUGCAGCUGUGGCUGACCUCCCCUUUAAGAGGCUGCUGCAGGCCAAGAGGUUGGCUGGAUUACUGAGGUUCCGUGUACCUCAUGGGAAAAUCUCAUGUGUCUGACAGUGCUGCCCUUCCCAGAGGCCUGGGCACCAGUUGGUCACAGUGUGGGGCACUGGAGGCAGCAGGACACUCUCACUUGCUUAGCUGUGCAAGGACACUGGGGAGCAGACGCCAGAGAGAUGGGGUUAGUGGUCCUCCAGGGCUACACACCCAAGAGCAGCUUCAGCCUGCAAGUUCUGCUUUCAGGAAGCUUGUGAUCUUGUUGCAGGAGAAAAAAGACAAAAAUGGUGCUUGGAGCCAAAGGCUGUUGAGGAAGUUACUGUCUGAUCUCAUCUUUUCUGUGGAGAGGGGAAUAGGCAGGGACUGGGGCCGGGCAUCUUCUUACCUCAGCUUCCAAAGGAAUGGGAAAGGCAAGUUGGGAAUUACCAGGAAGAUACUUCCCACCAAACCUGCGAAGAGUCAAGUGAGGGAGAGUCUAGUGUCCCAGAGGACUGGAGGAAAAGAAUUCAGAUAGGUCAGGAAGGGGAAAUGUCCCCACCAGCGCACCAACAAGCUUCCAUUGCAGCCACGGGCCAUUCCCACCCUUUUUCCCUGAACCCCAGGCACCCUGUCUCCAUUCUGUCUUUUGUGAAACCCACAGCAGAUGUCAUAAGACCCACACACACACCAGAAACCCCUAAAGCCACAGAUUGUGCUUUUCAGAUGGUCAACAGCAGAAGGCCUCCAGAGGACCUCAUGACGAGGGAGGGUGUUACAGACCCAUGGAGCCAAUGCGUGUCUGGCAGCAGCCCUUAGCAUAGCCUUGCAAGAUGAGCAGAGCUGAGCACUCCCCAUGCUUCCUUAUUUCAGCCUGUGCCUCCUGCGCUGGCAUGGUUGGUGCUCAGGUGUUAUCUGCAAGGACUGUGCCUUCCUGUACAGGGACACAGAAUUCUCAUCCUUCCAAAUCUUCUCCCUGUCUACACUACCCGUAGUCUAACCCCACUUCUCACCUCAGCCAUCAGAUCUUAGACACUUCUUUCUGGAAUCGGGAUGGCCUUUUAAGAGACUCAGUUGCUGAAGAUGGGAGAAGCCAUACCUGCAAGAACUUUGUCCUGUGAGAGGUGUCCCACGACAUCUAACCAGGGAUGCUUUGGCUCCGUGGGUCUGUAACACCCUCCCUUGUUUGACUCAUGCUGGAAGGCCUGCUCCUGGCUCUCCUUCCCAGGGACCCCCUGGGAGCCUGUUCCACCAGCCCAUCCCAAAAGUAGGUUUCAAGAAAUCUCUCUGCCAUUCCUCAGGACCCAGAAUGAUCUGUUUCUUAAAAACAUUUAUGGAGCAGCCCCUCUGUGCCAGGCAGAGGGUUGUAAGCACCUGGAAUAUAUUGGAGAACAAAACAGUCCUUGCCCCUGUCCUCACAUGGCUUAUGCUGUCCAGCAGGUAAGGGGAGGAAUGACACAGAGUCCUUGGCUUUAGGAUCCUCCAGUCAGAGAGAACUGCAGUCCAGCCAGGGAAAGAGGGUAAUAAAUUGCUACACAUGAAUCUCUUAGAAGCCCAGGGAGGUGCCCUACCCUGCAGCAUGGUCCCGACUUCCUGCCACCACUUGGUUUAGUUUCCUUUGCCCCAGAAUGAAGAGUCAGGUGGGCCACUCCCUCUACUUUGGGAAUGAGGCAGCCAGUCCAAGCUCAGGGGCCUGACAUGGACAGUUAGGCCAGUCCUGACUGUGGCAACCUCUCUCAUGCCCUUUCAAGCUGGCCAGGGGGACUGGUCAUCCGGGCCUCUGAUCAUGCCUAUCAGUUGGGAAGAACAAGAAGGAGAAGGGGAUGCACCUUUCAGAGAAAGGACCUCGCUAGGCUUUGUGUAUCUGAUGCACAUCUUAGUAUCUUAAAUCCACAUUGCCUCAUACUAUGAGGGUCAACACCCAAAACAAGAAAUUGCCAUUUGGGGGCAAAUGAGGAAGGACACCGGUCCCAUGCCCACCUUGAGUCUGGGGCCUCCUGUGAUUAAGACUUACCCAGUCACUGACUACCAGUGGCUUCUGCAGUAGCGCCCCAUCCCCAAGUUCUCUGGGGACCCCAAAGGCAGAUGUUCUUUGCUGGCUGGGAGAUGGAUGAUGGGGCUGUGGGAUAGGGAGGGAGAAAGCCCGGGAUGCUGUGGGAUAUCUGAGAGGUUCCCUCUAGCCCAUCAUUUCCCUUGAUUCAUGUUUUUAUAGGAUCUUGUGUAGGCCAAGCUCAGUUUCCCUGUAUGAUACACCACAUAUGUGCGUGUGUGUGUGUGUGUGUGUGUGUGUGUGUGCAUGUGUAUGUGUGUGUGUGUGUGUGUGAAGAGUGUGUGUUUGAAAUUUGGAAAUCAAUAAAUUGCUAGUGUUUCUUUGAA